AUCCUGUCAUCUGUAUCUUUGUGUCAAACAAUCACUAAAACUACCUACGAAAGUGGCUUGAAUUCGUAAAGUGACAAUGUUUGUCUCAUAUAAAUGAAUAACAGCGUUAUUUCACGAUGGAUUCCAAUGAAAAUAUAUACUGCAGGCUCUGUGCCGAUCUAAAACCUCUCAACAAACUGCAUAAUCUUCAAAAUGACAAAGAAAAAUACGUCGACAUUGUCAACAAGUUGUCCCGAUUCAAUGUGCAAAUGGAUUUUAACGACGAAAUACUGCCAAAAACUACUUGCUUCGCUUGUGUUAAUGCGUUAAAUAACGCGUUUGACUUCGUGACUGGCGUGGAGCUCGCUCAAACUACUCUAAACGACGUUAUUUUGAAAAAACAAAUAAAAAAAGAAGAGAUGUUGUCCGACGAGGAACCCUUUAUAAUCUACGAACCGCCAGAGACAGCGGCUUAUGAAUCGGAUAGCACUGUCAAAGUAGAAACGGAGAAACAGCCACCUACAAGCGAAACUGAACUUAAUGACAGUACAAAUACAGUAACAAAUAAGCAAGUCAAAAAACUAUGUUACGCUUUAGAUGAACUACCUUUAUCCGAGUUGAAUUUGACAUGGGAGCACUUCAUCUGGCAGUGUGCGUACUGUGAAACUCAGUUCCCUACGUUAGACGAGCUACAGAGUCAUUCCAUGCAGUACCACAGCGUCUGCAACGCGUUCUACUGCAUAGACUGCAAGACGAGGAAGCUACGUCUCGACAAAUUCUUAGCACAUGUCAGAAGGCACCGACAUUACUUAAAAUUCCAUUGUUAUAAAUGCUUCAUGAAGUUCCCGAGGUUAUUUGACGCUAGCAAACACAGAUAUGCACAUAAAUCAUCUGAACACAUAUGUUCCGGAUGCAACAUGUGUUUUGAAAAUGAGCAAGAAUUGAAUAAACAUGUUAAUACGUAUGUGAGACGGUUUCGAGGUGAAUUGGUACCGAAACAGAUGGAGAUCGGUGAUAGUCUAACUUGCACAGUCUGCCACAAAUUAUACAAAACUAAACAGAGUUUGACCGCACAUAUGCUAACACAUAUGGGCAGGAAAAGAACCCACACUUGUGAGGUUUGUGGCAAGUGUUUCAUUCGUAAAACGAAUUUAGAGAAUCACAUGAUCCAACAUUCGGACGCAAGGCCUCAUGAAUGUGAAAUAUGCAAGUUAACAUUUAAAACUCCAAGGUAUUUACGUAAUCAUGCUGGUGUACAUGGCGGAGGGAAACCGUUUUCUUGUGACAAAUGUGGACGAUGCUUUCGACUAAAAUCUCAAUUAAAGAACCACAUGAUCGUCCACUCAGACUCUCGGCCUUAUGUGUGUACGUACUGCAGUAAACGUUUCCGUUUCAAAGGAAUUCUCAAUGAACAUGUGCGUCUACAUACGGGGGACAAGCCAUAUUCUUGUACUAUUUGUCAAAGGGACUUCACAAACUGGCCGAAUUAUAACAAGCACAUGAAACGUAGACAUGGUACGGACAUGUGCAAGACAAAACGUACCUCUGCAGGUACGUAUCCUAUUGACCCUGUUACCGGACAGAUUAUGUACCCGGAGGAAGAGAAACUAAAAGAGUGGAGGAAAAAAAUGAAGGAUUAUAAAAUAAUAAAACCGAGAGGUAGAAUUAAGCCAACUGAUACUGACUUAGUAACGCAAAGUACUAAUAAAGAAUCAAGUUUAGUGAAUAAUGAUCAAACGGAGAAUGAACAUUAGUUGGAAUAGAUAUUAACUAUAUGUGUUAAUAAGUAAUUUCUUUAUUGAAUUAUAAAGAUCUGGAAGUGUUACAUAGAAAAUGUUUAAUUUAUUUAUAAAUAGUUGUUGUUAUCGGUGCUGGGUGCUUUAAGUGCAAUUUGGUUGAAAAUUUCUCAACUCUUGUGAAGUGUUAUUUACAAUAGUUCGUCCGAUGCUGCUUUGUAUCAGACCCUGAAUGAAUGGUUUUGCAUAUUUUAAUGCAUGUAAAGUAACAGUUUAUUUCUCACUACCUGGUUGCAGCUUCAUUCGCAUGAGUUAUGGACUUUGUAACUUAAUUUUCUAAAAUAAAAGUACCCUAUGUUACUCCUUAGUACAUCAGCUACAUGCCAAUAAAUGUCCCGUCAAAAUCGAUCCAGCCAUUUCAAAGACAAGCCGGAACAAACAGACAGACAGACAAAAAUUGAAAAUUAUGUUGUUUUGGUAUAUGAAUCGUAUGUAUAUGUAUUCAUAAGCGAUUACAACCCAUAUGAAUUAACUGUGCACCUCGCCCUGUGACGUCAUUGGAACGCUUUUUUUUUGAGGGGGGAAUGUCAUCCAAUAACUUGUGAUUGGACUACUGUGCGCUUGUGGGGGGGCAGCGGGGGAGGGGUUUCACAGUUGAUUCGUACGAGUUGUACCUAUAUCAAUAUUACAAACAGACACUCCAAUUUUAUUUAUUAGUUUAGAUUAAGUCUGACUGCCAAUAGAGAACUGUUGAAGGCAAAUCCUCCGCUAACGUCGGUCACCGGUGACCACCACGGCGUUCAGUGUCAAUCAAUGUGUUAAAAGUGUUGAUUUAUUGUCUACUGUUAUUCUAAUAAUGCAUGUUUAACUGUUGAUUUUUUUGCAAUCAUUCCACUGUUUUUGUUUGUGUUGUGUUUGUAUCAGAAAUUAAAAUGUCUUAAAAUUGUUAAUAGAAAAAGAAAAGUGUUGAUUGCUAAGAAUAAGGAUGUGUAAAUAAAAUAUAAGUACAUAAAUGUGGCAUUAAGACCACUUUUCGCACCCUUGUGAAAGUGUCAAUCCAUAGCCCAUGUCAAUCUAUAGACUGUCAAUCUAUAAAUUGACCUGAGUAUAUAGGCUGUCAAUCUAUAAUCUGUCAUUCUAUAGACUGUCAAUCUAUAUUCCAUGUCAAUUAAAAGUCCGUCAAUCUAUAGACUGUCAAUGAAAGUGACCGUAUCCAAAAACUGCUUGUUCUUAUGAAUUAGUUCUUUUGUUGUAGAGUAUAUUUUAUAACAUCGAAUGUUGCAGAAAUUUGAGUUAAGUCACUUUCAUUUUAAGGGCGCGUUUUGUGCCAUUUCUCUUGGUUACAUUCAUAAUAUUAAAAUUUAUAAUAUGGUUUAAAAAGAGUGUCCUGUCCAAAGCGAAUUAAAAUUCGCGCGUAUUUUUUGUUCUUUCUCACGUGUAUUUUUAACGCAUGCGUAACAAAAUUGCAAAAUUUUAUAUCACUGUACGCACACGCACUUAUAUGCUUGCUCGAGCUAUACGUACAUUUCUUCGAACAACGAUAGUCAAUCCGUUUCGAGUUAAACCAGGAGCCUGUAAACAUGAAUAGUUUGCGCAACAAUCAACGCGUCCAGUGUCUCGUAGUUAAAUUGUUUUUCUUUAUUUUUUCCCAAUAAAAUCAGGACCCUCCUGUCUUGGCCCUGUUGUGGCCUUGAAUAGUUACACUAUAUACUACUUCACUUUAUUUUUAUAAUAAUUAUUGUGAGACAAAUUAACAAAAAAUCACGGUUUACACACGUACGUUAAUAGAGAAAAGCUCUACUAGUUUCGAGUCACAGGGGGACUCUUCAUCGUGAGCAGCGUGCAGCCUAAUUUACUUACUUAAUUGAUUUUGUUUAAAGUUUUUUUUUUUACUUUUAUUCAAAAGUUUAGGCACCUAAUAGUUGGCUAGGUAUUGUUUUGUGGUGCAAUACUUAUAUUUCUAAAUCAUAGUACCUAGUACGUACUAAUUAAGUACUUAAAAUAAUAUAUUCUUAAUGUUACUUAAUAAAUGUAUAAAAUACUAAAAA